AUGGCCACAAUGGGAGUGAACUCCGCCAGGAGGGAGGGCGCGGCCCCGGGUGGGGACGGCGGCCACGGUGCGCGGUGGCCGUGCCGGCAGGCAGUGGCUCGCACGGGCGAAAGCGAGGGACGGCUGUGGUGCGCGGCGCGGAGCGGCGACCGGCGCUCGAGCAGAAGCGGGCGCAACAGGGGAGGCGAGCGGGGUGGUCUGCGGCAGCAGCAAGCGAAGGGAGCCGAGGGGCCGCCGACGACGAGCGAUGCAGGCGCGGGUUUCCGUGGGUGCGGUCCGGCGUGCGACGAGCGUGGCGCGGAUGCGGGUGGCAGGUGGUGGAGCUACGAGGCCGGGCGAAGGCAGGGCGGGCGCGAGUGGUCGCAGGGCCGGGAGCGGCCAGCGCGGGGUGAUGCGGGCGAGCGUAUGGGAGUGGACGAGGGGCGCGGCGUCCACGGCGAUGGCGACCAGCGUGGUGCGGUACACGGGACAGAGUGGAGGGGAGUGGAGGUCGGGGGCCUCACCGGCGGCUGCAGGGGAUUGGCAGUGGGCUCGAGCUCGAGGGGGAGGACGGGGACGACGUGCGGCGGGGCGACGAGGUCCGGCGGCGUAGAGGGUGGCUUCGGGCGACGGUGA